AUGUCCGCAAUUGGUACAAAGACGUCCAGCAACACGCAAACGAUGGUGCAUGUAAAAUCCUGGUCGGCAACAAGUGUGACUGGGACGAAAAGCGUGUACGUACGACUAUUCUGGCGUGUGUCGGGUGCUAAUUCACAGGUCAUUACUACCGAGCAGGGACAGGAACUUGCCAAUGAGCUUGGCAUGAGCUAUAUCGAGACGUCUGCCAAGUCCAACACCAACGUGGACGAGGCGUUCUUUAGGCUUGCCCAGCAAGUCAAGGACCACCUGGUUGACCAGGGCAUUACCUCCAAUGUGCCAGGAGCCAGUGGCACGCAGAAUAUUAAUGCCGCUGGUAUAAGCAACACGCAGAACAAGGGUGGCUGCUGCUAA